AGGCUGGGGUCCAAGCCUUUGAGAUGGUCAGGCCUGAUGUGGACAUGUUCAAUUCUGCGAGGUCUCAUGGCAAAGAAAUUCCCAAGACAGAUGAAAGCGAGAAAGCCUUCAGACUGUCCUUAGGGUUCAACGCCUUCGGUGCCGGAAAAGCUGGGUGUGAAGAAAGGGCUGGAAGCAACGAUGACCCAGCUGACCUAUAGUCGAUGAAUCGAUGCUGAACAAACCUGAAGCAUUCCGAAUUUGACCUGGUCCAUGCUGCAAAUGCCUUGGACUCAUUGGAGAUGCAGAGAACAUGCAGCUUCCAGGAGCUUCCAGGAGCUUCGUUGGCACAUCGCACUUUUGGGUCGAUGCCAGAAACGAUUCUGCCAGUUGCCGCCUCUGCAACGGCUGAGCGGAACGAAAGGAACUUUGGAGCGGAACAAUUCCCCCGUGGCCAAGACACUGACCGCCAGGUCGGCACACGGUGUGGAAACAGAGUCCAAAGCACGCAGCCGUACCACGGUUCCCAGACGGUUCCCGGACGGUUCCCACUAUGCUCGUGCUGAAUUUCCACGGCUCCCCUACGCAGGAAAGGUCAGCAGUCGAUCAGGCAAAGUGCUUAUAGCAGCACUGAUCUUAGUCUUUAGAUGUCUUUAGGCUCAAUUUGUGCAGCAGUUUGAUCCAUCUUCGGUUCCCUUCAACUGGUGUUGGUGGAUUGGCGCAUAGAUCUGGAAUCCAUGUUUCACAGCAUCAAGCGCUGCUAGCCACGUCUCACGAUUUCUCACUGUGGCGGUGCCUUCCCAAA